GGUCUCCUCUCCACUUCACCUCCCCACUUCCCUCGGUUUCUUCUUCUCUUUAAUUUGUUUCUCUCUGCAAUAUAAUUCUCUCUGUUUCUUAUUUCUGUAGAAACUAAUAUCAAUGGAGAAUUCAAGCUAUGUAUGCACAGUUAGAAGGCCUGCUGCUUGUUUUGUUGAACAAGAUAAUGGUUUAGCAUCAAUAGCAGAUUCGUCAGCAGAAGUUGGAUUUUCUGGAAAUCCCAUUUCACCACCAAAAACUAAUUCAUUUUUGAGAAAAAGAGCAAGUUUCAGAUCUCUUUCUUCUUUUAAUAGUACUAGUGUUAGAUUAUAUGAAGCUACAUCACCUAGAUUUGAAGAACCUCAUUUCCUUGAAUCUUGUUAUUUUUGUAAGAAACAUAUCGGCAACAACAGAGAUAUCUUCAUGUACAGAGGUGACACACCAUUUUGUAGUGAAGAGUGCAGACAAGAACAGAUAGAAAUAGACGAAGCAAAAGAGAAGAAUUGGAAUCUUUCUUCAAUGAAAGCUAUUAGGAAAGAUCAGCAAAAAUCCACCCCUAACAAAUCAAGAAAUUACGAAGUUAGGACUAGUACUGUUGCUGCUGCUUAAAUAAAAAUCAAAUAAAUAUAUUCAAGAAAUAAUAACUUAAUUACUUAUUAAUUAAUUACCACAAAAAAAAGAAAAAAAAAGAAAAAAAAAGAGGUAUGAAAAAGAUAUCUAUGGCCUUUGUAUUUAGUAGUUUUUAUUAGGGGUUUGGCCCGGAAGUGUGGCUUGAAAGCCCUCAAAUUUUCUGGUUUUUUUUAGGGAGGGAAAGAAAGGGAAAACUUUUUUUUUUUUUUUUUUUAGUGGGGGUACCUUUUUGUGUUUGGGGUGAAAGAUGCGAAAGUAAAGAGAAUGGGAAAGAAAUUUUGUUUCUACAAGCGAUUCUGGAUCUUGCAUUAUAGUUUUUUAUUUAUGGGGAUGAAAUUGUGUAUCAAUCUUCACAGAGAAAAAUUUGUAUGAAAAUUUUGAUUUACUCAUUUCAAUUGAGUGAAAAAGUUCAUGGAA